GACGCCCCAGAAGCAGGAGACUUGUCUCAGGAGGUAAGAUCCUGCGCCCACAGCAGCUGCCUCUUUUCUUCAGAAGUUUGGCAAUCAGGCCAGCACCAUGCGCGUGGUAGUGAUCGGAGCGGGCGUCAUUGGCUUGUCCAGUGCCCUCUGCAUCCACGAGCGCUACCAUUCAGUCCUGCCGUCCCUGGACAUGAGGGUCUACGCAGACCGCUUCACCCCGCUCACAAACACCGACGUGGCAGCCGGCCUCUGUCAGCCCUACCUCUUGGACCCUAAAAACCCACAGGAGGCGGACUGGAACCAGAAGACCUUCGACUAUCUCCUAAGCCGCGUCCAUUCUCCCAACGCCGCAAACAUGGGCCUGGCUCUAGUCUCAGGCUACAACCUCUUCCAUGAACCUAUUCCGGAUCCUUGCUGGAAGAACACAGUUCUGGGAUUUCGGACGCUGACUCCCAGAGACCUGGAUGUGUUUCCUGAUUACAGCUAUGGCUGGUUCAACACAAGCCUGAUUGUGGAAGGGAGAAGGUAUCUACAGUGGCUGACUGAAAGGUUAACUGAGAGGGGAGUGAAAUUCUUCCAGAAGAAGGUGGAGUCUUUUGAGGAGGUAGCAAGAGGAGGUGCCGAUAUAAUUAUCAACUGCACUGGGGUGUGGGCUGGGUCACUACAACCGGACCCCCUUCUGCAGCCAGGCCGUGGACAGAUCAUUAAGGUGGAUGCCCCUUGGAUGAAGCACUUCAUUAUCACCCAUGAGCCAGAGAAAGGCAUCUACAAGUCCCCGUACAUCAUCCCAGGGAUCCAGACAGUGACUCUUGGAGGCAUCUUUCAGCUGGGGAACUGGAGCGAGGUAAACAAUACCCGAGACCACAACACCAUCUGGGAAGGCUGCUGCAGAUUGGUGCCCACGCUGAAGGAAGCAAAAAUUGUUGCUGAAUUGACUGGCCUGCGGCCAGUCCGCUCUCAGAUUCGGCUAGAAAGAGAACAGCUUCGUUUUGCAUCUUCAAACACAGAGGUUAUCCACAACUAUGGCCAUGGAGGCUACGGGCUCACCAUCCACUGGGGCUGUGCCCUGGAGGUAGCCAACCUCUUUGGGAAAAUUCUAGAAGAAAGGAAGUUGCUCAGCACGCCGCCACCUCACCUCUGAAAAUACCAGUAAUCACCACCUCCCCAAGGACUCCCCAUCUUCCCCUCGGCCAACCAAUCAGUGCAUCCCCCUCUAAGCUGUCUCUUCUCCACUUCAGCCCUGGCUCCUUUCUGCAAGAAGUGCAAGAGGCGAGGAAAGUCACAAGGUCCAUUUCUAGAUGCGAGUCCAUCCCUCUCCGGGGCUCCCUUUGGUCACUGGGGUCUCUCUGUCCACUCCGGGCCUGACAGUCUGAAGAACAGCUGGGGGCUGUUACACUGGAAGUUCUCAGAAUAAA